CCAAAAGGCUUCAGGGGAGACGAGGAGCCGCUCCGAGCCCCACGGAAGUGGGGGGACGUCUCCGUCUCUAAGAGCGGGCUUUCCGCCUCUCGGGUCCCUUUCCCUCCUUCCUUCUCUUUAAGAGGGGCGAAAGAGGCACCUACCGCGGAGGGCACGACGGGCGAAAACACGCGAGUUGGCUGGCCGUCGGGAGUCGUCACCCCCUGAAAAAAGGUAGAAACAAAGCCCCCGGCGUGAAUUUGUGCUCUUCGUAAGUGGCAUGAUGUGUGAAAACUAUGAUGUGCUGCUAACAGUUUCUGUGCUGGAAGAAGAGAAAGAAACUGAACCACAAACAGAUCUUAAGGGAAGUCUAACUGGAGGGCAGUAUCGUCCACGAAGACUCCUUCCAAAUCCAAAUAGUCGGCCUUUGUAGUGUGUGGGCGAAAGGGGAAGGCAGCCCGCAGGCUGGGACGGACGCCUUGAUACGAAACUCUUCUUCGGGUUAUUAUAACCGUCGAAGCCCUUCGGGGAAAGGGCGCCGGAGUGGCCGAGUAAACGGGCUUCGAAGGGGACCGUGGCUCUCGAAGGUCCGUACGCGUUGAGCGGGCGAGGGGGCAAAACUACAGUACCCAGCAUGCACCCCGAGAAUUUUCUUUAUUUAUUUCAUUUUUUUUAAUGGUGAUGGGCAGAGACUGCAACGGACGCUCAGCAUUCGUUGAGAUGCUACAAAUAGAGCCGGGUUGGCUCGUCGAAAGAUCAGCGAGCUGCCCCCCCCCCGGGAAAGAAACCUUGAGGAAAAAGAGGUUAGCGGCUGAGAGAGUUGGCCAGUUGGUGAGGCAUCCCUGGGGGAAGAACAGACAUUGAACCUUGAACAUGUCCAAAAGAUACAAAAAGAAAUCCAGUGAGAAGGAUGAUGAUUCAGAGGACAAGAAACCUGAGAAGGCAGAAUUGGGGAAGAGUAAAAAAAAUGAACAACUAAGUCAAAGGCUAAGAGAUAAUGUUGUGUGCACAAAACUGAAAAGGAGUCUUGAUCUCAAAGAGUCAACUAAAGAUUCAAAAGAUGUACACCACAUCUGUGAUAACUUAGCACCUCUGGAGGAACGUGAAAAGAUUAGUGUUUAUUUUAAAAAUAAGGCUAAACAUGUUGGGAAGAGAAGUAAUGUGGAUUCUGUAGCAGCUUUCCCUAGCAAGGAAGAGUUUGACACAACUUUUAAAAGAAAGAAAAAGGAGUUGCAAGACUUGUGGAUCCUGAACAGCAGGGAAAAGUACAAAAAGAAGGACAAAGUGGAGCACAAGAAACUAAAAGAAAAAAUUAAGAAACAUGUAUUAGUGGAGUUCAAGGACACUCUUCACCCUACAGACUGUUCUUUGGUUCAUAAGAAAAAGGCUUUGGACUCCUAUUAUUGUAUCAGAAAACAUAGUACUUCAAAAGAGCUGAAUGCCUCAGCUUUUAAUUUCUCAGGUCCUAAAAUGCACAUACAGAAUAGCAGAGAAGAGACUUAUGAAAGAGCCAAGCAUAGUUCAUUAGAGCAACCUAGCAAAAAUGAGAAAGAGAUGAAAUGUCAACCUUUGUGUCACACGAUCGAACAACCCAAACCCUGGAGGGACAAACAGAAAGAGGAAUGGCGUACUGACACAGCCAAGAACACUGAUCAUGUGCCGAUCCAAGAAUUCACGUUCAAGCCUGUUACAUUUAGGAGAAGUCAGAGCUCUGAAGCCUUGACUCUCUCUUCCUUUGGAGCCACUGGAAGUACUGAUGCAGAUGAAGAGAUGCAGAUUGUAGAAGAUUUACAUGCUGCUCGCAAUGACAAAAAGAUAGUUCUGCCUGUGGUGCAGACUUGUGGAGAGCUGACCAGCAUGGAGAUAGAUCUUCCAGAUGAAGAGUCGAAUCUGUUUUCUAAAACUCAUGCUGGCCUAAAUGCGUUGAUUGUGAUUGAUACUAAUAUAAUGAUCAGUCAUCUAGAGUUCGUAAAGUCUUUGAAGAACAGAGAUAUCCCAGGUAUUGGGAGAUUUGUGCUUGUCAUUCCUUGGGUUGUUUUGCAAGAACUUGACAACUUAAAGAGAGGGAAAAUGCUGGCAAAUGUUGGGGAAAAAGCAAUUCCUGCCGUUCACUUCAUUUAUAUGUGCCUUAAAAACCAAGAUCCAAAGUUGUGGGGACAAUCCAUGCAACUGGCUUCGCAGAAAACAUAUAAUUUUGUUAUUGAGAACAAUGAUGAUCGUGUCUUGCAAUGCUGCCUGCAGUAUAGGAACCUCUUUCCACAAGCUGAAGUUGUACUGUUGACGGAUGAUAAAAACCUGUGUAACAAAGCCCUGGUGAGUGAAGUAAAAGCGUUUACAAAAGUAGACUUUGUUACUAUGCUCCAGAAGCUGGCUCCAAAGACUGCAUUUAAGAGCCAAUAUGUUUUCAGUGGCCAGCCACAAUCAGAAAAAGAUACAGAGUCCCAGAAAACUGAGGAGGUAAUGACUGAUCAAAUUUCAGGAAUUAUUUUUGACACAAAAAAAUGUUUGGGGGAAGUUUUAUCUUGUAUACUGGAAACAGAGCUGAAGAUUGCUUAUGGAGAAGACCUUUGGAAAGAGGUUGUCUAUCGUAAGCCCCCGUGGACAUUAGCAAACUUACUAGAGUGUUACAAAAAGCACUGGAUGGCUGUUUUUGGACUGAUUAUAGCAAGAAACUUUUUUUCAACUAUUGAAUAUCUAUAUGCAGAACUCUGUAAAUCUAAAGUAAUAACACAUUCAAAUGUGAAGAAAGUGCUCCAGAAAUCCAAAAUGCUGUUGGAGACCUUUUGUCCAAGGUCAAACUAUGAUGGUGCCCUUGCACGGGCCUUGGAUCAAGUGAAGAAACUACUUGAGGCACUAGAGAAGUUCCAGUCAGGUACUGGAGCAAAUUCUUCAGACACCUUCAAAUCUACGUCUGGAGAUUCUGCUUGUGAAAAAAUGGAAGAUGUGAUUUUGACCCAAGAGAUUCAGGUGGGAGAUAAGUCACCGGCAUCAGAGCCUUUAGCUGAAGGGAAUAAGCACAUGGAAAUCUGGGCAGUCCUUCAGACUGUUUGGGACACAGUAAACCAAUUCAGUCUUGAGGUUUUCCAGAAGCUGGAUCGUAGUGCAAUAACCAACUCUCAGAAUAUGACUGCAGUCAAAGAAGCCUUGGAGGGUCUGCAGAAAUUAAUGGCAGCAGUCAGUGAAAUCCUUUCAGGAAUUCGGCAAGUUUUAGUGCCAAACAGUAGCUUUCACAAUGUUUGGGCCCUCUAUACAUUCUUGACACGCAGUGAGAUAUAUAACAUAACAUUCACUGCUGAGGAGCUUUAUGACUGCAUUUCCCAGGAGAUAUACAGGAAUCGGUUAUUGGUUGGAUACAACCAGCUAGCCCAGCUGGAACACACAAUAAAACAGCAGUAUGAAUCUGUGUGCUUUGAAAUCAAGAGCAGGGGAUGGCUCUAGUUCUGCAGUCAACUGAACCUUCUGAAGAGAGGGUGGAAUUUUUCAGCAGGUACAAGAAUCCUGCGGUCCAGCAGAAGAGAAAUCAACAGCGUGCUGGAGCCUAGGUGUCUGUAACAGCAUUCCUUUUCCUCUUGGCAGCCAUAGCUGAAAGCCAAAUGGUCAUUAUGUUAAAAUACAUAGUUUGGCCUUGGAUGUUUGUGUGGCUAUGUGUAAAGGGCAGCUGCUUGGGAGGAGGGCAGUUCACCACUGGGAAAGGAAGCAUUAAAAAAAAAUAUCCCCAAAGCUGUUGGGGAGCUUCCUCCAAAUGAAAGUAACAGUUCUAGGUGGAACCCUGGAGUGAAACCCCCUCCCCUGAUUAUGAUUCUCCCUUUUCUCUUGCUCCUGUUUAAAUAAAAAGCAAACAAACAUGCAGGGUUAAAGCUAUGCACUGAACAUCAUGUGCACUUUUCUUCCUGCACAGUAAGAGUAGCAGAAAUUUAGCAUGACAAUGCUGAUGGUUACUGCUUGCUAAUUUCCUAAUAACACUUGUGUUGUUGCCUACCAUUCAGAAAAUCCCCCUUGAUAAUGUCCCUCUAUUGAUGAGGCAAGGAAGAACUCAAUUUGCAGUGGUGAGAAGGUCUUGAUAGAUAAUAUCACUACGUCUGUUUUGCAUCCCCUCUGAAAACGCAAAGCACAGCUAUACUGUGGAGGGGGAAGAAAAAGAAAGCUCAUGGGAUUUUCAGGAGAUGUGGUUAGUCCCAUUGUAGAUGCAAUGUCUUGAAGGGAAAUGUGAGCUUUCUUUAAUGAUGGGGCUACUUGGGAAAGGAACAGUGGAAAAUACAGCAACUGGCUUAUAUGCAGCAAGAUGUCAGCUACCGGGGAACAAGAACACUGCAAGGGGAAAGAGGGGUUAGAUCCCACAGCAGAAGAAACCCUGAGGGGAAGAACUACUUAGGAGAGGUAGGGGACUGUGGGAAAGUCCAGCAUUUGUAGAGGCAAUGACAAUCUACUUCUCUCAUCUACAGGGCAGCACUCUUCACUACAGAUAGGCAGACAUAUUGAAGCUUAUGAUGGAGCCCUUGUGCUCUGACUGAGGCAUAUGCCUUUCCGAACUCCACUCAAUCUUUUCUUCCUUACACUGGCCUAAUUCACUAUUAGUGCUUUUUAUGGGGGAGAAAAUAUACUUGGGACAGAAAUGGAAAUGAUGCUAUCAUUUGGGGUGAUGCACCUGCCCAUGAAGAAGUUUUAUGGUUGCUGCAACUUUUAUUUUAUAGUUGCUAUAAUCUAUGGAACACAAUUAUACUGUUAAAAGUUACACCUGUGAUCUUUGGUGAAUUAUCUUUGCCUGUCCAGCUUAAUUUGCUGUAUUUGCAAACCAUUGACUGGGAUCCUGUUGUGCAGUUGGAUACGUGCAGUGGGAAUGACGUUUUCAGUAGCAGCAAUUUGCUGCCGAUUAAAGUCUUCUUUUGGUGAGUUUCAAGUGCACAUGAUUGAUACUCAAUGCAGUGAACUCCUGUGCACCCUGGAAUUGCAAUUUGCUGCUUCCAAUGAUAUAAUUCCUGUAGUGCCACUUUGCAUACAGAGCUGUGCACCAGGACUUGAGCCUAUGAAGAUUUGUUGCAGCAAAAUAAAAAUUCUGAGCAGAUGCACAGGGUAGUCGCGUUAUCUUCACUUGUGCAGAAGUAGUUAGAUGUUCAUAUUUUACAGGCACUCCUUGUUUACAAUAGUAAUGUCCCUGCCUAUUUCUGAAGAUGAUUCUAAACUUAUCUUGCCAGUGGGGAAAGGGGAAUAUGGUUUAAUUAAUUUAUGAAAGUGGGGAAAGGUUUUGUACCUUUUUGUAAGCAAUAAGACCAUCUUUUUUGUGUUUAUUGAUUAACUAUUGUUUAACUAUUAAUUAUUGUUAAUAUUUUAUUGCUGAUGUUUUAACUUUUUCCCCAAGUGAGGAUUCAUUCCAUGAUGCAAAUAUUUGUUUAAAAGCAUAUUUUA